AUUACCUCAUUCACCUUCACUAUCACACAGAAUUCUCUUUUGGACGCAUUGUACGCACUAUUGACGAUUCGAUUAUUGGAAGUUGAGAACCUGACGAAAGCAAAGACAUCACUAAACCGCUAUCAUGUCGGCACAACAGGAGGGCAAAGUGAAGAGCGUGCUUUCGGGCGAUACUUUAGUUCUCACGAACAAGGCGAAGCAAGAACGCACCAUUAGCUUGGCCUUCAUCAACGCACCGCGCCUCCAAUCCGAUGAACCUGGCUCAUUCGAAUCCCGCGACUUCCUCCGAAAGCUCUGCGUGGGUAAAGUGAUCCGCUUCACCAUCAUCUACUCGAUCCCGCAAAAGACCGGCGGUGCGUCACGCGACUAUGGCGUUGUGCAGCUCCCCGACGGCAAGUCGCUCCCCGACUUGGUUGUUCAGGAAGGCCAUGCCCGACUACGAGACGACGCCGACCGCAAAGCUGAAGCACCGCCCGCCGCCGAGCUACUCGAACGACUCCAAGCCCUCGAGGCACAUGCAAAAGCAGAUGAGAAGGGAGUGUGGGCAGCCAAGCAGACAAUCGUGCAGAACAUUCGCGAGCUCUCCGACCCAAAGGCUUUCGUGGAGGAGAACAAGGACAAGUCAAUUGACUCGGUUGUGGAGCGUGUGCUCAGCGGAGACCGCUUGAUUAUUCGCCUCAUGGUCUCGCCUACGAAGCACGUUCAAACGACUGUUCUUGUUGCUGGCCUACGCGCACCGACAACGGCACGCACAAACCCUUCGGAUGGCACUACUCAAGCUGCUGAACCGUGGGGCAACGAGUCGCAAGCUUUCGUCGAGGAGCGACUCUUGCAGCGAGGAGUGCAGGUACGAUUGCUCGGAGUGUCGCCCAACAACAUUCUGGUCGGCGAGGUACGGCAUCCAGUCGGCAACAUUGGCGAGUUCCUGCUCAAAGAAGGUCUCGCACGAUGCGUGGACCACCACUCGACAUGGCUCGGCGCGGAAAUGGGCAAGCUUCGACAAGCAGAGCGUCAUGCGAAGGAGAACAAGCUUGGCCUAUACAGAGGACAUGUUGCUCAACGUGCUGGAGGUAGCGAACUUGAGGCAACUGUGAGCAGAGUAUUUUCUGCCGACACGCUCUUCAUUCGCAACAAAGCAGGAGCCGAGAAGCGCAUCAACUUGAGCAGCGUCCGUCAACCCAAGCCAACCGAUCCGAAACAAUCACCUUUUGGUGCAGCAGCGAAGGAGUUCCUUCGUAAGCGACUCAUCGGAAAGCACGUCAAGGUCACUACCGAUGGCAAGCGUCCAGCGACGGAAGGCUACGAUGAGCGAGAAAUGGCUACUGUUACGCAGAACGGUAAGAACGUUGCGCUCAUGCUUGUGGAGGAUGGUUACGCAUCUGUGAUUCGCCAUCGGAUGGACGACACCGACCGCAGUCCUAUCUACGACGAGCUUUUAGCAGCCGAGGAGGCAGCACAGAAGGAUGGCAAGGGCAUGUGGAGUCCUAAGCCACCCAAGCAGCAAUCCUAUGUUGAUUACAGCGAGAGUCUCGAGAAGGCGAAGCGCCAGCUCACAUUACUCUCUCGAUCGAAGAAGGUCCCUGCUGUUGUCGACUUCUGCAAGUCGGGCAGCCGGUUCACUGUACUCAUUCCUCGCGACGGCGCAAAGCUCACUUUCGUUCUCGGUGGCAUCCGCGCUCCGCGAAGUGCUCGCGGACCUCAGGACACUGGCGAGCCGUUCGGACAGGAAGCACAUGACUUCGCAGUCAAGCGCUGCAUGCAGCGGGAUGUCGAGAUCGAUGUUGACGAUACUGAUAAGCAGGGUGGUUUCAUCGGCACCCUGUUCGUCAACCGCGAGAACUUUGCGAAAGCGCUUGUCGAAGAAGGAUUUGCAUCCGUUCACGCCUACAGUGCUGAGAAGUCUGGAAAUGGCGCAGAACUCUUCGCUGCUGAGCAAAAAGCAAAAGAGGCGAGACGUGGCAUGUGGCACGACUGGGAUCCUUCCCAGGAGGCCACGGAGGCAGCCGACGAUUUCGACCACGCCAGCGGCGCAAAUGGAACCAACGGCGAUGGACCUCUCCCACCACGCGAGCGGAACUACAAGGAUGUCACUGUCACUUAUGUCGAUCCAACGAACGCCCGUCUGAAGCUACAAAUGCUCGGAUCCGGCCAGUCGAAUCUCCAAUCGUUGAUGAAGGAGCUCGCGUCCUUCCACAUCUCCCCUGGCAAUGGACAGAAACUCCCACAGCCACCCAAAGCCGGCGAUAUCGUCUCCGCUAAAUUCUCCGCCGAUGGCGUAUGGUACCGUGCUCGCGUCCGUCGCAACGAUCGUGAGAACAAGACUUCUGAAGUCGUCUACAUCGACUACGGAAAUGCAGAGACUCAAAAGUGGGAUGAUCUCCGCCCUCUCGAUCAAGCCAAAUUCGGCCAGCAGCGCUUGAAGCCACAAGCCGUCGAUGCCGCCCUCUCUUUCCUUCAGUUUCCCACCGCGGCCGACUACCUCUCCGACUCCGUCGGCGCGCUUUACGAGAUGACCGAGGGCCGCGAGCUGGUCGCCAACAUCGACUACACGGACUCGAGGGAUAACAACUUGCUCUGGGUGACGCUCAUGGACCCUAAAGCUGCGAGCGUCAAUCAGAGCGUGAACGCAGAUAUUGCGAGCGAGGGCCUGGCGAUGGUGGCGAGAAAGCUGAGACCUUUCGAGCGUGCGGCGCCGGAGAUUCUGCAGGAUCUGAAGAAGCGGGAGGCGGAUGCCAAGGCGCAGAGGUUGGGUAUGUGGGAGUACGGUGAUCUCACUGAGGACUAA